CGGCGGCGGCGGCGGCGGCGGCGGUAGCGGCGGCGGCGGCAGCGGCGGCGGCGGCGGCCUGGGCCCGGGCGCAGCGGCGGCGGCGGCGGCGGGGCCUGGAGCCGGAUCUAAGAUGGCAGCGGCGGCGGCGGCGGUGGGGCCGGGCGCGGGCGGCGCGGGGUCAGCGGGCCCGGGCGGCGCGGGGCCCUGCGCGGCCGUGUCCGUGUUCCCCGGCGCCCGCCUCCUCACCAUCGGCGACGCGAACGGCGAAAUCCAGCGGCACGCGGAGCAGCAGGCGCUGCGCCUCGAGGUGCGCGCCGGCCCGGACGCGGCGGGCAUCGCCCUCUACAGCCAUGAAGAUGUGUGUGUCUUUAAGUGCUCAGUGUCCCGAGAGACAGAGUGCAGCCGUGUGGGCAAGCAGUCCUUCAUCAUCACCCUGGGCUGCAACAGUGUCCUCAUCCAGUUCGCCACACCCAACGAUUUCUGUUCCUUCUACAAUAUCCUGAAAACCUGCCGGGGCCACACCCUGGAGCGGUCCGUGUUCAGCGAGCGGACGGAGGAGUCUUCUGCCGUGCAGUACUUCCAGUUUUAUGGCUACCUGUCCCAGCAGCAGAACAUGAUGCAGGACUACGUGCGGACAGGCACCUACCAGCGCGCCAUCCUGCAAAACCACACUGACUUCAAGGACAAGAUCGUUCUUGAUGUUGGCUGUGGCUCUGGGAUCCUGUCGUUUUUUGCUGCCCAAGCUGGAGCACGGAAAAUCUACGCAGUGGAGGCCAGCACCAUGGCCCAGCACGCCGAGGUCUUGGUGAAGAGUAACAACCUGACGGACCGCAUCGUGGUCAUCCCGGGCAAGGUGGAGGAGGUAUCACUCCCCGAGCAGGUGGACAUCAUCAUCUCGGAGCCCAUGGGCUACAUGCUCUUCAACGAGCGCAUGCUGGAGAGCUACCUCCACGCCAAGAAGUACCUGAAGCCCAGCGGAAACAUGUUUCCCACCAUUGGUGACGUCCACCUUGCACCCUUCACGGAUGAACAGCUCUACAUGGAGCAGUUCACCAAGGCCAACUUCUGGUACCAGCCAUCGUUCCAUGGAGUGGACCUGUCAGCCCUCCGAGGUGCCGCGGUGGAUGAGUAUUUCCGGCAGCCUGUGGUGGACACAUUUGACAUCCGGAUCCUGAUGGCCAAGUCUGUCAAGUACACGGUGAACUUCUUAGAAGCCAAAGAAGGAGAUUUGCACAGGAUAGAAAUCCCAUUCAAAUUCCACAUGCUGCAUUCAGGGCUGGUCCACGGCCUGGCUUUCUGGUUUGACGUUGCUUUCAUCGGCUCCAUAAUGACCGUGUGGCUGUCCACAGCCCCGACAGAGCCCCUGACCCACUGGUACCAGGUGCGGUGCCUGUUCCAGUCACCACUGUUCGCCAAGGCAGGGGACACGCUCUCAGGGACAUGUCUGCUUAUUGCCAACAAAAGACAGAGCUACGACAUCAGUAUUGUGGCCCAGGUGGACCAGACCGGCUCCAAGUCCAGUAACCUCCUGGAUCUGAAAAACCCCUUCUUCAGAUACACAGGCACAACGCCCUCACCCCCACCCGGCUCCCACUACACAUCUCCCUCGGAAAACAUGUGGAACACGGGCAGCACCUACAACCUCAGCAGCGGGAUGGCCGUGGCAGGGAUGCCGACCGCCUAUGACCUGAGCAGUGUUAUUGCCAGUGGCUCCAGCGUGGGCCACAACAACCUGAUUCCUUUAGCCAACACGGGGAUUGUCAAUCACACCCACUCCCGGAUGGGCUCCAUAAUGAGCACGGGGAUUGUCCAAGGGUCCUCCGGCGCCCAGGGCAGCGGUGGUGGCGGCACGAGUGCCCACUAUGCAGUCAACAGCCAGUUCACCAUGGGCGGCCCCGCCAUCUCCAUGGCGUCGCCCAUGUCCAUCCCGACCAACACCAUGCACUACGGGAGCUAGGGGCCCGCCCCGCGGACUGACAGCACCAGGAAACCAAAUGAUGUCCCUGCCCGCCCCACCGCUGGGCGGCUUUCCCCCUUGUACUGGAGAAGCCCGACAACCGGUCACAGUCCUCUUUGCUAUGGGAACUGGGACACUUUUUUACACGAUGUUGCCGCCGUCCCCACCCUAACCCCCACCUCCCGGCCCUGAGCGUGUGUCGCUGCCAUAUUUUACACAAAAUCAUGUCGUGGGAGCCCUCAUCCCCCCUCCUGCCCGCUCCACCCUGACCUGGGCUUGUCAUCUGCUGGAACAGGCGCCAUGGGGCCUGCCAGCCCUGCCUGCCAGGUUCCUUAGCACCUGUCCCCCUGCUUGUCUCCAGUGGGAAGGUAGCCUGGCCAGGCGGGGCCUCCCCUUCGACGACCAGGCCUCGGUCACAACGGACGUGACAUGCUGCUUUUUUUAAUUUUAUUUUUUUACGAAAAGAACCAGUGUCAAUCCGCAGACCCUCUGUGAAGCCAGGCCGGCCGGGCCGAGCCAGCAGCCCCUCUCCCUAGACUCAGAGGCGCCGCGGGGAGGGGUGGCCCCGCCGAGGCUUCAGGGGCCCCUCCCCACCAAAGGGUUCACCUCACACUUGAAUGUACAACCCACCCCACUGUCGGGAAGGCCUCCGUCCUUGGCCCCUGCCUCUUGCUGCUGUCCUGUCCCCGAGCCCCUGCAGGUCCCCCCCGCCCCCCCACUCAGAGUUAGAGCAGGUGGCUGCAGGCCUUGGGCCCGGAGGGAAGGCCACUGCCGGCCACUUGGGGCAGACAGAGACACCUCAAGGAUCUGUCACAGAAGGCGUCCUUUUUCCUUGUAGCUAACGUUAGGCCUGAGUAGCUCCCCUCCAUCCUUGUAGACGCUCCAGUCCCUACUACUGUGACGGCAUUUCCGUCCCUCCCCUGCCCGGGAAGGGACCUUGCAGGGACCUCUCCCUCCAAAAAAAAAAAAAAAAAGGAAAGAAAAAGAAAGAAAAAAUAAACGAGGAAACGUGUUGCAGCACAGGCAGUUUUCUUCUCCUUCUGCUCCCCUGUUUCUCAUACCCCCAAACUCAGAUUCAGAUGCUGGAGCUCAGGCCCGGCCCCAGGCCCGCCGUGUGUGCACCCAGGCAGGAGCAGGCACUGUCCAGGCUGGGCCACCCCCUUGGCUCUCCCUCCUGUUCCAGGGGAGCCAUAGGAGGGAAAGCAGGUGGUCCCGGGGGGAUAUGGGGGCCCCAGCCCUGUCCCAAAGCUCCCUGCUCGGCUGCCCCUCGCCCGCCUUUAUAUAAAUUCUCUGAAUCACCUUUGCAUAGAAAAUAAAAGUGUUUGCUUUGUAAGAAAA